CCUUGAUAUAGAGCGAGCGCUAAAAGAUGUUGGUUUUCCGUUGCAAAAUCCUCAACGUUAACUUCCCAUCAUCAUCCUCUUGGUCUCUGGGAACUUUUGUCAAACACCUUCCACUUUCCAAACCUAAAACCUCAUUUCCUCCUCAAAGACUCAUCGUUAAAUCUUUAACCACCAACACCACCGAUGUAACACGCAGCUCUUCUUAUUUUGAAACCUUAAACUCCUGCCAAAAGGACCAGAUUCAUCUCUACGUAGAUGCUUUACUUCAGUGGAACCAGAAGAUGAAUCUUACCGCUGUCAAAGAAGUUAAUGAAGUAAUGGAAAGGCACAUUGAAGAUUCCCUAGCAAUUAUUCCUCCUAUACAAAAUUCUUACAUUUCAAGCUGUUACAAUUCAUUUGACAACAUCAGAAUUGUUGACGUUGGAAGUGGUGCGGGGCUUCCUGGCUUGAUUUUAGCUGUUGCUUGUCCAGGUUGGGAAGUAACUUUGGUUGAAUCUAUGAACAAGCGAUGUCUUUUCCUGGAGCAUGCAGUGAGACUUAUGGGGCUAUCCAAUGUCCAGGUUGUUAGAGAAAGAGCAGAGAAUUUGGGGCAGGAUUCCAACUUUAGAGAGAGAUUUGAUGUAGCAGUGGCCAGGGCAGUUGCAGAAAUGAAAGUUUUAGCUGAAUACUGUCUUCCUCUUGUUCGUGUUGGUGGGUUGUUUUUAGCUGCAAAAGGUCAUGAUCCUCAAGAAGAAGUUAAAAGUGCAGAAAGAGCAAUCAAGUUGAUGGGUGCUUCAAUAUUGCAACUCUGCUCAGUGGAAUCACACAGCCCACAUGGACAAAGAACUGCUAUCAUUUGCUUAAAAAAUAGCUCCACGCCAAGAAAAUAUCCACGUGAUCCAGGUACACCAACAAAAGUACCACUCUACUAAGUAAGGUGUCUGUUUUGCAGUCUGCUUUAUAUUGUUAUGCUUCCUGCAGCUCCAAAUGUACGUGACUUCUGUUCUUAAAUUAUUCCUUU